UGCCCACCUUGCGGCAUUUACAGAACCCUGUAAAGGUAACCUGAGAUAAUGCAAGUGAGCCAAGAGAGGUCGCCCAUUUUUAAAUAUUAAAAAAAAAAAACUUACUCUGUAACACGCUAUAUACUGUAUAAAAUAAUGUGUUACUGAAAUUCAAACUAUGGCAUCAUUACUCAAAAGCGAGGCAGUGUGUUGGAUAUGGCGGUCGUAUUUGUAUACUUUUCUCCUUCAAGCGAGAAUUACGUUGCUUCAAUAUAAUCUUAUUUGUUUAUGCGUUCGUAAUUCUGUGAAAAAUAAUUAAAAUUAAUAUGCCGUCCCCGCUUUUUAAACAAAUAUUCGUGGUGUCCGGGGCGGCGGUGAACUUCGUGGGACACGGCUGCGUGCACGGGUUCCCCUCCGUGCUGUUCACGCAGCUGGAGACAGAUGGAGGACCCGUCGUGCUGACUGACCAUGAUGUGUCCUGGAUCGGAUCCAUGAUCGGCGUGGUGAGCAUCGUGGGCAACUUCCUCUCCCCAGUCCUGAUGUCGAGGUUCGGGCGACAGAAGGCGCACCUAUGCACCACCAUCCCGGCGCUCAUUGGCUGGGCCAUCUUCCUCUUCGCCAACUCCGUCCCGCUCUUCCUCACGUCGCGGGUGCUGCACGGGCUCGCCAUCGGCAUCCGUCUCCCUCUAGCAGCCAUCCUGGUAGCCGAAUACACUGACCCGAAGUACCGAGGGGUCUUUCUCGGAACUUUUGCCGUGUCUCUAGGUCUUGGUAUUAUGCUGUCUCAUGUCAUUGGCAUGUAUUUAUCCUGGCGCAUGACUGCGCUAGCGUGUGGACUGUUUCCUCUAUGCUCUUUGAUCAUCAUCAGCCUUUCACCAGAAUCUCCCAGCUGGCUGGUAUCGAAAGGAAGGUUUGAUGAGGCCGCAAAAGCCUUCAACUGGCUCAGAGGUGAUGCUGUUGAGCAGCAAGCUGAAUUAGACGCUAUGAUCACAGCUCACAAGAACGAUAUUGUGAAUGAAGAACGAAGAAAAAAGGAAACGGGUUCUGAUAUCGGUGGAAAGAGUGUUAUAUCUGCGUUUGUAAAUGACAUAAAGCACUUCAUCCGAAUCUUCAAACGAGAGGAGUUUUACAAGCCAGCCAUUAUAGCUAUAUCUAUGCUGUUUGUGUUCGAAUUCUGUGGGUCCCACAUGGUUCCUGCGUAUGGACAUAUCAUCCUGCAGUCAGUCCUGGAUAAGAAGGACCCUAAUGACGUCAAUUGGCAAUUUACCGUCGUGGAUCUGCUGAGGACCGUCUCUGCUUUCGUCGCUACGUAUCUGUUGAAGAGGUUUAAGCGUCGCAUCGUGUUGUUCACAAGUGGAGUGUUUACGGUGGUAUCCAUGAUAUGUCUGUCUGCCUUCAUCUACGUGCGACAGGCAAGUGUUGCAGCCGACGCCUGGUGGCAGGAGUGUGUGGCUAUGGCGCUGAUGAUAGCAUACACUCUGUCCUUCUCUGUAGGACUCGUCCCUCUGACGUGGGUGAUUUGUGGAGAGGUAUUCCCCCUGUCUUUCAGGAGUUUAGGGUCUACAAUUUCCACGUCAUUUUGGAUGCCAGCUUUCGUUAUCUCAAUGAAGUCUGCUCCUCACUUGUUCAGCUCUGUGGGGGUUGAAGGCACGUUCCUGGUACAAGCUGGGACGUUGACCUUCUGUCUGCUGAUUCUGUACGCACUGUUCCCCGAAACAAAGGACAGAACAUUGCAAGACAUUGAGAACAGCUUUAAGAAAAACAAGGGAAAUGAUACGGAUGUUGAAAUGAGACUAAUGGACAAGUGAAAAGUUAUACAUUAUGUUUAUGAAUAUUUAUUGAAUAGAAUAGCGCGUGUAUUAUUAUCAUGUAAAUUUAUUUUCUAUAAUUAAGAACUUAGUAGCUAUAAUUUAUUUGCUAAUCAGUUACGUCAAUGCUAAUUGUUAAUCUUAAGGAAAUAUACUGUAAGUACCUACUUAUAAUGUAUGUUUUUUUUCAUAUUCCAAUAUAGUUUAGAUCACAUACUUCUAUAUAUUGUCAUAAGACUAAUUUCUUCUUCCUUUGAGCUAGUAUAGGUACGAAGACAGGUAGACGGCAGCAGCAGCUGUGCUAGUACACCCAGGGUGACCCAGUGCCUCCACCAGCAGCCAAAGGCCACUCCCCAUGGUGGGUCCGCGAACAAGCCCAGCCUAUCCCGCAGUACCUACUGAAAGCCACCGCUGGCACCUACAAGCCAAAAGGAAGGAAAGGUAGACAUCGGAGGGGACAGUAGGAGUCAUUCGCCAGAAUUUUUUUUUUAUAUAAAGCUUAAAUGUCCUCGUUGUUAAAGUCUUCCUCGAUUCCAUGAUAGAUCCUCGGAUGUUCCUUUACUUUCAAGAGGACACCGUGGAAAAUAGAUCAUCGUCACGACCCAUCACGUCCCCACUGCUGGGGCACGGGUCUUCUUCCAAUGAAGGAAGGGUUUAGGCCUACUCCACCACGCUGGCAUAGAAAAUAGAUAGACUACCUACUAUUACUUCCAUGAUAGAAUCAUAGUAAUAAUAAUGACUGAGCGUAACCCCAACAGAAGAAAACACAUCAAUAAUAAAUUUAUCUGUGAUCUGAUCGGUUAACUGCUCUAUGAUUGUUGUGAUGUGUUGAGGUUGAGUGUGUUGUUUAUUUUUUUGAUUCUAUUUACCUAUUACCUUUUAUUGUGCUUUUAUAAACCUUCUUACAAAUGUUUAAUCAUCAAUUUACAUCCAUAUUUCUCAUUACCGUGAGUAUUAUAUGCAGUGUAUCACCAGUACCAGUUCACAUGAACAUAACUGAGGAUCUCUCAAAUAAUCGUAUAUCCCCAAUAACUGUUAGCUCUACAAUUAAAUCCACAACCAGCGCAGAUUGGAAAGAGUAUCCUUUAUUAAUUUCCAAUGAUAUCGCUCUUGAAUCUGUCAAUGCAUCAGAUAAUGUCCCUCUCGAAGGGGCAGAAUCAAAAAGCACAAGAAAAUCUCUUUUCCUAGAGCGAUUCUUGAAGCAUCGUAACGAUUACUAUUACGACAACGAUCUUGAAGACAAACGAACAAAAGCAACCGAAUCUACUCCAGUACCUUCAACCACUAGUCACACAGUUACAAAAAGUAAUAGGCCUAAAUCUACCACAAAUUGGUUAUUCGGAAAUGAUACAAAUACUUUAGACUUAGCUGAUGACCAGUACGACGAAAACGAAGCUAUAAAUGGAAAGAAAGUCGAUUUUAAAAGGAUAUUAAAGUGGAAAAAGGCAAAUGCUCUGAAACGGAUUAAAAUAGCGCGCGAAGAGGCAGCUAAGCAGAAGUUUCUGGAAUCCCUGGAUUUGAGAAGAAGUGGUGGAAAUAAUGUUGAUGAUGAGGUUCCCAACCCCACCACCACUACCACAGAAGAUCCUGAUAAAGCGGACCCACUAGCUCCUGUGUGUCCCAGAAUUAAAUACAUCCAUUUACCUUUUUAUGUGUGGUGCUUACUUUCGUCAUUCUUGUUCUAUAAAAUGAGGCCUGCUUGUGCUAUAUAAAUAAGAUUAUUUUGAGUA